AUGGCAGAAAGAAUACUACAAUAUAUAGCUGAACAAAAUACGCGUCUUGCAACAGCGCAAAUCAAUAAAAACACGGCAGAGAAAGCACGUGCCUACUACAAUCUAGGCAUAGCUUAUUGCUUCCUCAAGGACGUCCAUCAAGAAAUAGAGUACCUCAAGCAAUACCUGAGCAUAGCUGAGGAAGUCGGUGACAGAGCAGGAUCAGCAGGAUGUGUUUAUGGCGAACUCGGCUGUGCUUACCAAUCCCUCGGUGACUCCCAAAGAGCAAUAGAGUACCACAAUCAACACCUCAGGAUUGCCAAGGAAGUUGGUGACAGGGCAUGUGAAGUCAAAGCCUAUUACAAUCUCGGCCGUGCUUAUGGCAGCCUUAAAGAAUUCCAAAGAGCAAUAGAGAACUACAAUCAAGGCCUCAGGAUUGCCAAGGAAGUUGGUGACAGGGCAGAUGAAGGAUCUGCCUAUAACAAUCUCGGCCUUACUUAUAGACGCCUUAAUGAAUUCCAAAGAGCAAUAGAGUACACCAAUAAAUACCUUAUCAUUGCCACGGAAGUUGGUGACAGGGCAGGGCAAGGCAUAGCCUAUAACAAUCUCGGCGCUACUUAUGACAGCCUUGAAGAAUUCCAAAGAGCAAUAGAGUACACCAAUAAAUACCUCAUCAUUGCCAAGGAAGUUGGUGACAGGGCAGGGCAAGGCAUAGCCUAUAACAAUCUCGGCGCUACUUAUCACAGCCUUGAAGAAUUCCAAAGAGCAAUAGAGUACUACAAUAAAUACCUCAUCAUUGCCAAAGAAGUUGGUGACAGGGCAGGGCAAGGCGAAGCCUAUAAAAAUCUCGGCGCUACUUAUGGCAGCCUUAAUGAAUUCCAAAGAGCAAUAGAGUACUACAAUAAAUACCUCAUCAUUGCCAAGGACGUUGGUGACAGGGCAGGGCAAGGCGAAGCCUAUCUCAAACUCGGCCUUGCUUAUAACAGCCUUAAAGAAUUCCAACGAGCAAUAGAGUACCACAAUCAACACCUCAGGAUUGCCAAGGAAGUUGGUGACAGGGCAGAUGAAGGACGUGCCUAUGGCAAUCUCGGCGCUACUUAUCACAGCCUUAAAGAAUUCCAACGAGCAAUAGAGUACCACAAUCAACACCUCAGGAUUGCCAAGGAAGUUGGUGACAGGGCAGAUGAAGGACGUGCCUAUGGCAAUCUCGGCGCUACUUAUCACAGCCUUAAAGAAUUCCAACGAGCAAUAGAGUACCACAAUCAAACCCUCAGCAUUGCCAAAGAAGUUGGUGACAGGGUAUGUCAAGGCACCGCCUAUAACAAUCUCGGCGCUACUUAUGGCAGCCUUAAUGAAUUCCAAAGAGCAAUAGAGGACACCAAUAACUACCUCAUCAUUGCCAAGGAAGUUGGUGACAGGGCAGGGGAAGGCAACAGCUAUUACAAUCUCGGCACUACUUCUUACAGACUUAAGGAAUUCCAAAGAGCAAUAGAGUACAACAAUAAAUGCCUCAUCAUUGCCAAGGAAGUUGGUGACAGGGCAUUGGAAGGCAAAGCCUAUUACAAUCUCGGCGCUACUUCUUACAGACUUAAUGAAUUCCAAAGAGCAAUAGAGUACAACAAUAAAUGCCUCAUCAUUGCCAAGGAAGUUGGUGACAGGGCAUUGGAAGGCAAAGCCUAUGACAGUCUCGGUCUUGCUUAUAACAACCUUGAUGAAUUCCAAAGAGCAAUAGAGUACAACAAUAAAUGCCUCAUCAUUGCCAAGGAAGAUGGUGACAGGGCACUGGAAGGCAAAGCCUAUGCCAAUUUCGGUGUUGCUUGUGGCAGCCUUAGUGAAUUCCAAAGAGCAAUAGAGUACAACAAUAAAUGCCUCAUCAUUGCCAAGGAAGUUGGUGACAUGGCAGGGCAAGGCCAAGCCUAUGCCAAUCUCGGCGCUAUUUAUUGCCUUCUCGGGGGAUACCAACGAGGAAUGGAGUACACCAAUAAAUCCCUCAUCAUUGCCAAGGAAUUUGGUGACAUGGAAGGGCAACGCCUAGCCUAUUCCAAUCUCGGCGUUGCUUAUGACCGCCUUGAAGAAUUCCCACAAGCAAUGGAGUGCCACAAGAAAGCCCUGAGCAUUGCCAAUGAAGUCGGUGACAGAAGAGGAAAAGGACAUGCCUAUUUAAACAUCGGCGACGUUCAUAAAUCCCUCUGCGACGUGCCACGAGCAAUGGAGUACUACAAGCAAUUCCUGAGCAAUGCCGAGGAAAUCGGUGACAGGGUUGGACAAGGAAAUGCCUAUUGCCGCCUCGGAAGUUGUUAUGAAGAUCGCCACGACUUCAAGGAAGCAAUGGAGUGUUACAAGCAACACCUGAGUAUUGCCGAGGAAAUCGGUGACCGGAAGGGAGAAGCAUGUGCCCAUAGCGGUCUGGGUCGAUCUUUUUUGUUUUCAUAUUCUUUGAAUGAGGCUUUAGAACAUUUUAGAUGCUGUGUUAAAAUCUGUGACACUAUUAGAGCCAGUUCUAUCUCGGAAGAUGAAUUGAAAAUGAGUUUCCGUACGAAACAUCAAUUUGCCUAUACUCAUUUAUGGCAGGUUUUAGUAAUGCUUGAAAGGAAUGAUGAGGCUUUAUACGCUGCUGAGAGGGGACGAGCACAGGCUUUGCUCGAUGCCUUAAAAGUAACUUAUGGCCUUACAUCACUUUCUCCCAGGUCAAUUGAAUCUGAAGAAGAAGUCAGAAAUAUUUCAAGGAAGACAACCGUUUUAACAGUUUUUCUUGCCAUUCAUUUGCAAACAGUCAAUAUGUGGGUAUUACGAAAAGAAGGCAACCCUAUUUUUAGGCAAAAGAGGCUGGAUAUUGGACGUGAACGCGAGGACCCUUUUGUUCUCCUUCUAGAAACCGUUUUGAAAAAAAUUGACUCAACUUCAACUACUGGCGACGACGAUCAAACAUCGGAUCCAUCACAGAAGACCGCGGACUCUUUGCAGCCAUUAUAUGAUGCAGUUAUUGGUCCCAUUGAAGACUUGCUUGAUGGUGAUGAGCUAAUUGUAGUUCCUGAUGGCGCUUUGUCUAAAGCUCCUUGGGCAGCCCUGAGUGAAACUUUAAGGAUCCGCUCUGUUCCCUCACUAACAAGUUUGAAACUCAUCACAGAUUCUUCAUCUGGACACCACAGUAAAAGUGGAGCCUUACUUGUCGGAGAUCCAUGUUUGGAGAAAGUUAAAAGAAAAGGGGAGAAGCCCUUUACUCCACUUAAGUAUGCAAGAAUGGAAGUAAAGAUGAUUGGAGAAAUUCUAAAGAGUCAACCUUUAACAGGUGAAGAUGCAACCAAAGAAGCGAUACUUCAGAGAAUCGGGUCAGUUGCUUUGGUACACAUUGCAGCCCACGGAAAAAAGGAAACUGGAGAAAUUUUUUUGGCUCCAGAUCCCCGAUGUGAAUCCAAGCCUCCUAAGGAGGAGGACUGCAUUAUGAAAAUGUCUGACAUACAAGCUGUUAAGCUGAGAGCGAGACUGGUUGUGCUAAGUUGCUGCCACAGUGGUCAAGGAGAGGUCUCGUCUGAGGGUGUGGUCGGUAUGGCACGUGCUUUCUUGUUUGCUGGUGCUCGUUCCGUGCUGGCGACACUCUGGGCAAUUGAUGACGAAGCCACAAAGAUGUUUAUGGAAUCUUUCUACCAACAACUUGCAAGAGGAGAAAGUGCAAGUGUUGCUCUUCAAAGGGCCAUGAAAUGUCUUCGAGACUCCCACAAUUAUUCUGCUCCAAAGUACUGGGCUCCUUUUGUUCUGAUGGGCGAUGACGUUAAGAUUGAAUUGGCAAAAUAG